AUGUCAUUUGCAUCGCAGCUGCCGUCGCACUGCUGGAAUCUCACCACUGCUGCUCUCCGAUCCAACGGCUCUCAGCUGCCCGUGCCCUUCAACACCUGGUCCUCCUUCUCCUCCUCCCCCGCUGCUCCCACUGCCACCGCUGCUGCCCCUGCCCUUUCAACCGCCUCUUCUCGUACAACCUCCCCUGCCUCCGCUCCUGCUUCCUCCCCUCCUGCUGCUUCUGCUGUUGACACCACUCACAUUCUCAACUUUGUCUCCUCUCCCUCCUACACUCUCUUCUUCUCCUACUUCGAUCAGACCCUCUCCUUCCCCCACCUCCCCCCCUGCUUCCAGGCUAUCAUGGCUCCCCCUCCCUCCCUCCCAAACCCUUCCCCUUCCCCUCCCCCUCGCCCACCCCCCCCGUCCCCCUCCAAGCCCCCCACGGCCUCCCCCAAAACCCUCACCUCCCCCCCGGCCCCCCCCAAGUCCCCCCGGGCCCCCAUCUCCCCCACCCCGACCUCCCCCGAAUCCCCCCAAGCCACCCCCUCCCCCUUCCCCUCCCCCACGCCCUCCCCCUCGCCCUCCUUCCCCCCCUCCCAAGACUUCAACCACUGCGCAAGUACCCACCACCUCCCAAGAGGCGAUGGCGCUCUUUCUCCCAGAGAUGAGCCAGACUGGCAGGCUGAAUUCUUUCCCUCCCAACCCCUUAAAACCCCUUUUGUAACCACCUCCUAUGAAACCCGUCCCCCCACCUCCCCCGCCGAAACCCCCCUCUCCCUGGCCCCCACCACUCAAGUGCAAGAACCCACCAACCACCUCCCACAAAGCGAUGGCGCUUCUCCUUUCUCAGAUACCGUAUGCGGGCUGAAAUAUGCAUGA